CAGAGUCAGAGCAACUGAUUAACUUAUUUCACAUAAACGUGAAUGCAGAAAAUAAUUUAGGUGUUCAUGUAAAAAAUAUUUUCAGGUUGCUGCAGAUUUUCAUUUCAACCACUAGAUGGAGACGCGUUUCCACUUUUAAAACUACUCAUUCUAUCCCGAUCCGAGCACUAAAACAAUACACACUAAAUCACGAACACGCUCGACACAUCAAACACACUUUCAUUAGAAGCGAUUUUAACUAUAUAUAAUAAAUUAUUAUUUAUAAAUAAAGAAAUUCAGUCAACUCAAAUUACUUUGUGUCGCUUUUAAGAGUCUUAUAUAGGCUACACACACACAAUUUAAGAAACAACUUAAAACUUAUUCACAUAUAUAUCUGAUGAUGUUUUACUGACACUAGUAACAGUUCAAACAAACAUGUGAAUAAUAUGAAAGUAUGUAAAUGUGUUUUAAUCGUGGUGUCUAAAUGAAGGACGCAUGUGCAGAAACCCUCAUCAUCUUCAUCCUUCAGUCUGAAUCUCAUUACAGUCUCACAACCUUCAGAGCAGCAACAGCAGCGGCUGCAUCUGUCGACAUGAGCAGAUCUCUCUACAUCUGUGUGAUGUGUUUUGUGAUGUGUGUGUUUGGAUGGCAUGAUCUAGAUAACAGUGAAUAUGACUGCUGGCCUCUGGACAAACCAGAUGAACUCAACAUGAUCGACUGCGGAGGUCUAGAGAUGGCGUGGGUCCUGCGUCCUCCAGAGAAGGUUCUGAGCGGUGAAGACUUCACUGUUAUUUACUCUGUGACCGUCAGAGAUGAGUUUUACCAGUGGGCCAUCGACAAUGACAUCUUCAUACACCGGUCCAUCACAGAUCCAGCUGAAGCUCGGCGCUUCUGUGAGCAGCACGAAUGUCCCACUAACUGGAAGGAUGCAAACGGAGAAAACUGCUGCAUCCAUCAUGCCAACAUCCACUCCUGCCCCAUGGGAUACAUGAAACAAGCUGAGGAGCGAAUCUGCGGCCCCUGGAUCCCCGACGACGGCCGUAUAUUCACUCACACCAUCUCCACUUCUGGAACAAUGACCCAGACCAACUGGAGCGCCAAGGUGGUUCUGUUUCACGAGGGAUUGACGUCCCUGAUCGCUCACAUCCGUGUGGGAAACAUGCAGGUCGCACUGGAGGCCAAGAGCACCGUCCUGCCCGCUAUCAUGUGUGGUGACGGUGUGUGUGAGGAGGAGGAGAGCUGCUCCACGUGUCCCGCCGACUGUGGCGACUGUCCUCUCAGUUCUGCUGUACGAGCCGCUAUCGCCCUCACUGUCACCUUCGUCAUCAUCAGCUUCAUCACCAGUGCCAUGUGGUUUAAAUAUCAGAAACAGAAACUCUUCUGGGAUGAGAGCUGGAUCAUCGACUUCAGUCAGAUUAAACAAGAUUACAUUGCUCGGGCGACCAUGGGCAGCAUCAUGAGCGUCCCAGCGGCGCACAGCGACUCUAACGCCAGCUGUGUGACGGGCCUGAGCUCCUACACGGGCGCCGCCACGACACGCAAACAACUCUACACACAGACCGGCAUCUAUGACGGACGAACUGUUGCCAUCAAGAAAAUAAAAACGAAAUCUUUUUCCCUCUCGAAGACGAUUCGCCAAGAGGUGAAGCAAGUCAGGGAACUGGACCAUCCGAACCUCUGUAAGUUCUUUGGAGGUUGUGUGGAGGUUCCCAACGUCGCCAUAAUAACAGAGUACUGCCCUAAAGGAAGCCUGAACGACGUCCUGCUGAACGACGAGAUUCCCUUAAACUGGGGCUUCAGGUUCUCCUUCGCUACAGACAUCGCCCGUGGGAUGUCGUAUCUGCAUCAGUUUAAGAUCUGCCACGGACGACUGAAGUCCGCCAACUGCGUGAUCGACGACCGCUGGGUGUGUAAGAUCACAGAUUACUGUCUGUGGGUUUUCCGGCGCGAGGACUGCGCGGAGCCGCUCAGCACGUACCAGCAGAGACUGAAGGAGGUUUACACGCCGCCUGAAGCCCAGAGCGGCAGCCAGGAGCCCACGCUGGCCGGAGACGUGUUCAGCUAUUCAAUCAUCUUAUUGGAGAUUGCGACCCGGAACGAUCCAGUGCCGGUGGAGGACGGCUCUCUGGAGUGUGCCUGGUGUCCUCCGCUGCCGGAGCUGAUUUCGGGAAAAGCCGACAGCACCUGCCCCUGCCCUGCUGAAUACGCUGAGCUGAUUCGUCGAUGCCGUGCUCAUAACCCCACCCACCGGCCCACCUUUGAGCAGAUCCGCAAGUUUGUCAACAAAAUUAACCCGCACAAAGUCAGUCCUGUAGACAUGAUGAUGGAGCUGAUGGAGAAGUACAGUAAACAUCUGGAGGUUCUGGUCGGCGAACGGACACAAGAUCUGAUGCUGGAGAAACAGAAGACCGACAGACUGCUUUACAGUAUGCUGCCUAAACAGGUAGCUGAUGACCUGCGACAGGGAAAACCGAUGCAAGCCCAGAGUUACGUCAGCGCCACCGUGUUCUUCAGUGAUAUUGUGGGAUUCACUCAGUUGUCCAGCACUAGCACUCCUUACCAGGUGGUCGACUUCCUUAACAAACUCUACACCACCUUCGACGAGAUCAUCGACAACUACGACGUUUAUAAAGUGGAAACCAUCGGCGAUGCAUAUAUGGUGGUGUCCGGUGUCCCGAUGGAGAACGGGAUUCUGCACGCAUCUGAGAUCGCCAGCAUGGCUCUGGACCUGGUGUCCGUCUGCAAGACCUUCAGAAUCCCCCACAGACCACAAACCCAACUCCAGAUCCGCGCUGGAAUACACUCAGGUCCAGUAGUAGCAGGAGUUGUGGGAACUAAGAUGCCGAGAUAUUGUCUGUUUGGAGACACGGUGAACACUGCGUCCCGCAUGGAGUCGACCAGCGAAGCGCUGAAGAUCCAGUGCAGCUCCAGUGCGUUUUACCUGCUGGAGGAGAUCGGCGGAUACGUGCUCACCUGCAGAGGUGUGUUACAGGUGAAGGGUAAAGGUGACAUGGUGACUUACUGGCUGGAAGAGAAACAUUCUUCAGCUCCCAAUAAAGAUGCCAAGAAACCCUUGAUGCUGCAGGAGUGCGAGGGACCCGUGAGCGCCCCAGAGAACCAGAAAGAGGAUUUUUCCAGUAUCCCAGGAGUCCUCAGCAGCUCUGACAGCACUGACCUCCUGUGUGACGCAGACUGACACACACACACACACACGCAUGAACACACUUCUGUACUUCAACAGCAGGAAGUCUGUCCUCAGAAGAAAAGGCUCUAAAUAGAAUCAUAAAGGGUUCUGUCAGGCACAUAUAGAACAUUUUAUGGGUUCCCCAUCAUGGCAUCAUUAUAUGGAUUUAGUUUUAAUUAAUUUAUUUUGAUUUAUGUUUCAUUUUAAUUAAAUUUCAAGAAUUAAGCAGCUCUGAACAUACUUUAUCACUAGAAAAAAUUGAAAUAACUGGUUAAACAUGAAAGUGUUAUGCAAUCAUUUAAGACAUUCUCCAUAUAUUGAACCUUUUUGGCAUAAAGUGUUCUUCAAAAUUGAGUCAAGAACCCUAGAGUUUUGUUUCUACGAGUAAAUAUAGAGUUAGAGGUUUGUGUCCUGCUUGAUCAUUAAUGACCACAGUAAAAUACUUCAACAUCACAGUGAACUGUAGUUUAGCUGAUGUUUAUUAUUGGUUAGAAAAACUGACUUAACUGACCAUAACUGUAAUCGCUUUUCUUCUGUAUGUUCUCCUCGUUUGAUCAUUCAGUGUUUGUAGCAUCAGAACAAUGGAGAAAGAUCCAAUAAUAGUAAAUAGUGAAGUACUGGUAAUAUAUAUUUAUUUAUAAAAAAUAAAAAUAAAAAAACACAAAUGCA